AUGAAACCCCUCGUAUUUAUUCUCCUCUAUGCCGUGGUCGCCAAUGCGUGGUUGCCAGAUGAUCACGGUCUCUUUGAUAAAAGAAGAAGGCUGUCAAAGCCUCACUCUCCCUACUCACGAAAGAUUCGUGGUGUCAACCUCGGAUCCCUCUUCGUCGUUGAGCCUUGGAUGAUCCCAAAGGAAUGGGCCAACAUGGGAUGUGAGGGCACGAAUUCAGAAUUCGAUUGUGUCAAAGCACUUGGACAGAGAAAAGCGAACAAGGCGUUCCAUGAUCAUUGGAACACCUGGUUUACCGAAAAGGAUAUGGAUAAGAUGGUUUCAUUCGGGCUGAAUACGCUUCGCAUUCCACUGGGGUUCUGGUUGAGUGAGAGCCUUGUUCACGCCGACGAGCACUUCCCUCAAGGAGCUCUCCCUGCCUUGGAAAGAGUUUGCGAUUGGGCUGCUGAGCGAGGGUUUUAUGUAAUCCUGGAGAUGCACGGGGCACCUGGGGCGCAAACGGCGUGGCAGGCUUUUACAGGAAAGUGGGUUGAAAAACCUGGCUUCUAUAAUGCCGCAGAGUACGCACGAGCAUAUAAAUUCCUCGGGUGGCUAACCAAACUCAUUCAUACAAAACGGAGCUUUCGCACUGUGGGAAUGAUCGGGGUUAUUAAUGAGCCGAAUUGGGAUGAGCCAUCCGUUUUAGAUGAGUUCUACCCAAACGCAUACUCUAAGAUUCGUUCCGUCGAGUCUUCUCUACGUGUUAAAACCAACAAUGCUCUACACAUCCAAUACAUGGACAGCAAGUGGGGGGCCGGGAAUCCGAACCGAAACCUGACGAAUACAUAUCACACCGCCUACGAUAAUCACCGAUACCUUAAAUCGGAUACUACUGUGGUGGUAUCGCAGGAAGGAUAUCUCUCUGCGUCCUGCAAUGACAAUCUAAUCGUGCCUGGAGAGACGCCACUUAUUGUUGGUGAGUGGAGUCUAGGCCCCAAAACGUCCGAAGAGCAUUCCCCCGAAUUUCAAGUAGUCGAUGACGCAAACAAGGGCUUUUAUGUCAAGUGGUUGGCUGCACAAGUUCUGGCCUAUGAAAAGGGACUGGGUUGGACGUUUUGGUCGUGGAAGACCGAAUUGAACGACGACUAUCGCUGGAGCUACCUCGAGGCUGUUGAGGCAGGAGUGAUUAAAAUGAAUCCAGAUAAAGCAUACACCAUCGGGGCAUGUUAA